AUGACAGCCACCUGGGGGAGCGACCCAGCUGACGCCGACGACUCCCACCACCGGCGAUCCCGCCACUCCCGCCUCGACGACCCUGAGGACGACGAGAACUUGUUGGAGCACUCCCGCUCCCCGUCCCGCGAGCCCGUCAACCCACCUUCGGGUCGUGGCGGUUCCAGGGCGGGGCGCACCCGAGUGUCGGCCACUGACCUCGCGGUGGCUCUCCGCCUGGCCACCCCGCCGGUCGCGCCCUCUCCGCCUCCGUCGAAGUCGGCCAGUGACAUCUCCAGUGUGGGCCUGCUCGUCGUGCCGCCUUCGUCGCCUCGCUCUCCCUCCGCAGACUCCGCCCUUCGCCCCUCGCCGUCGGGCCCGGACCCCCCGCCCCCCCUGGUCUGA